CAUAACUUCCACAACAAUCCCUAUCUACCAUCGAGAAAUAUUACCAAGGCAAACACCACAACAACAUUUUCUUUUUUAAAAAAAACUCGAAACAGGAUGUCGUCCGACGAAGAACGCACCUUCACCCGCCUCCUCGAGGAACAACGUGCUCAAAACAACCCCGUAUCCGCAAAUAGGACCAGCGAAGCUGAAUGGCGCACGAAACUUUCCGGAAAGAAAAUUGUUGACGGCCAAGCUAAUUCAGUGGAUACUUUUAGCAAGAAGGAUUUACCAGAGAAGCAUAGAGUAGUUCCCCCCGGAGCGGUCGUCACCAAAGAUUACUAUCCUGAUAGGUUGAACGUACAUGUCGACGAGCAAGGGAAUGCUACCCACGUUACUUAUGGUUAAGCAAUAGUAACGUGAUGGACCGGGGGAUUGAGGUUUGGGGCUAGGGGGGAUUGAAUGGUCUUUAAGAGCUGGAAAUUAGAGGUAUAUCACAUUGGGGGGUAGGUUGGUUUUUAGGCGGGGUGGAAGCCAUUCAACUCUUCCGAAUCGUAUAGCGCAUCGCUAUGGUUUACUCGGGUGGGAAGUUAAUCCGUGAACACUGUCGGAUUGCCAUAGAUACUCCUUCUAGCAAAUAAAAACCACAGAGCGUUUAGGGAAUUAUUUCUUCUCUUUACAA